UCGUAGUUUUAGUUUAUUUGCGACGAUGGAAUCAUGGAGAAAAACUCAUGUUUAAAAAGGGCUGUACAUGGCAGAGAGACAUGAUUUUCUUUACCACUUUGGAAAUGUCCUUUGGAGAAAUUCUGCCAUUCCCAGACGAAAUUCAGUAUUUGAUAUUGGGUAUAUCGGUUACUCUUUUCCUUGUAGCCUUCUGUCUUCUAAUAUGGCAAAUUUACCACUACUGUACACACCUUCCUGUUUCACAAAAAACAGCAGAUGACCUGACAGCUAAGAGUGGAGGUUUUCAGUAUGCUACACAAACACGAAAAGCUAAGAUGGUCCAUUAUGAGGAAUUGGACCAUAUGAGCCACGGUCUCUCUCCUGGAUCCUCCUACUCCAAUCUGGGCAGCUGUCUAGACCUGGCCAGCGUGGCUGAUCCAGAAGAAGAGCACAUCCAGGGGUCUCUGCGCUUUUCACUGUUCUAUGAUCAGCUGCAGUCCAGACUGGUGGUGACAGUACUGGAUGCCCAGGAUCUGGCAGUGCGAGACUUUAGCCACAGUGUGGACCCCUUCGUAUGGGUGCGGCUGCUCUGGGCAGAGAGUGAAGAUGAGAAGCAGAGUUCACAUCAGUGUGUGCUGCAUGAGUGGCAGACACGCCUAGUGAAGAAGAGCUGCAGUCCUGUGUUUGGAGAUCAGUUCUCUUGUGCUCUGGCUGAGGAGGAGGUAUCCAGAGUCACUGUUAGAUUUGAGGUAAGGGAUUUUGAUAAAUACUCAAGACAUGGAAUUUUGGGAGAGGCCCGGAUACCCCUGAAUAGUUUGAAAAUCUCAUAUCCCCUGGAGUUAAAACAGGAUCUGCAAGUACCAAAAAAAGAUAUGGUUGGUGAGGCGCUUCUUUCUCUGAAAUACAUGCCUACAUCUCAGAGGCUGGAGAUAGGAGUGUUGAAGAUCAGAACAGUCUCUUAUCCCAAUAAAACAGAGAGAGUUCUCUAUGCCAGGACCAGUGUCAUCUGCAACCAAUGUAAACUUCGACAUCAGAGGACAACACAGAAGAGGUGCUGGGAAGUGACUGUGUUUAAUGAGGUCCUGACCUUUGUGCUGCCAGAUCAACAGAUCAGAGAGUGUUCCAUUAUUAUCUCUGUUUAUGAGCAGCACCCUGCAAAUAAGUCCUCCAAGCACCUGAUUGGUCAGAUCCACCUCGAGAAGGGCAAGACCUCAGAGAAUGAGCACUGGAAUUUGAUGAUGCAAUCACUUCGACAGCCAAUCGCCAAGUGGCAUUUAAUCUACAUAUGAAUACACCUCUUAUUUAUUUACCUUAUAUCUCAUUUACCAAGGUGGGAAGUCGUACUUCUGACUUUUGUGUUUAUCUGCUUUUAUGUCUGAAUGUGAAAACAACAUGUGUGCAGUCAAGCAUUUGGCUGCUCAUUGUGUUUAAAAAAACACUAAGAAAGAUGCCAAACAUUUUAUAUUUUAUCACAUUUAGUUCACUUUGUGUCAGCUCAUUACCCAACCUGUGUUGAGCUGCAUUGCUAGCACAGGGAACUUGAGAUCUCUUGACAUGGACUGGAAACGAUUGCCACAACCUAAUAUGUCCGUUCUGACCAAACACAUUUUUGUUGUUAGGAAAAGGCUUGAUGCAGCUCAAUAAGUAAACAGAACAUUGUAAUUAUUACACAGAUUCAAAAUAAACGUGGCAUGCCUGCGCGAGAUGCUGGAAAAACAGCAGGUGCUUCUCAUUUCUGAAAUUGAGCAUCCUUGUUUCCUUUCCUCACUUUCAAGCUCCACCUUCUUAGUAAACGAGGAAAGGAAAUGAGAAUGGAACAAUUGAAGCCAGACGUUUUUGUAAAAUUAAAUGUCCUUGCUCACUCAAGCAUCAUUUCAGAGUGCCAUCUCUGCACAGCUGCAUUACCUCAGAGUGCUUGCUGUUAUGUUGUUGAAACUUGAUAUAGUGGAUAGUAUAUUCCUAAUAAAUCAUGAUGCACUUUUGAAGUAUGUGACAGUUAUGGUUUAUUUAAACUGCAAUGGUGAAACUUGAAUUAAAACUACUGCGCCAAAUGAGAAGGGAGAGGAGAAUUUAUGCGUGCGCCAGGUGCUUUGAAGAAAAAUUCUUCUGCAUAGGAUCCACCUGUGCUUCCUCGCCCAAGCGUCCUCAGGAAGCUUCUUCUGUCCUCCGUCCUCACAGCACAUUUAGUGUGCAUCUCAAUCAGCUCACUAUUUCAUUAAUCAGGGCACAGAUCAGUACGUCGGCCAGGGCUGUCCCAAUCGCAAAUUGUUCCAGUGCGCUGAAACGUUUGCGCCCUAAUUCCCAGAAUGCACCAUAAAAACCAGGGAGUAUCAUUGCUCACUAUAUUCCCUUAAAGAGGUCAUGACAUGAGGAAUACAAUUUUCCUUGAUCUUUUGACAUAUAAGAGGUCAUUGUACUAUAAAAACAUACUGUAAGUUUCAGAACUCAAAACUUCCCCCUCACUGAAAAAGCAGCAUUUGUUGAA